CUGUCGGACCUACCAGAGUACACGACGGGCGGCACAAUCCACGUGAUCAUCAACAAUCAGAUCGGAUUCACAACCGAUCCCAAGCUCGCCCGCUCCUCCCCCCACCCCUCUGACUUUGCCAAGGCAGUGGGGGCGCCCAUCUUCCAUGUGAACGCGGAUGAUCCCGAGGCAGUGGCUCACAUCUGCUCCCUCGCUGUCGACUGGCGCCAGACAUUCGGCAAGGAUGUGGUGGUGGACCUCGUGUGCUACAGACGACAUGGGCACAACGAGCAGGACGACCCACGAGUGACACAGCCUUUAAUGUAUUCUCUGGUGGACGCCCACCCGCCGUGCCUUCAGCUCUAUGCCGCCCGGCUCAUGGCGGAAGAGGUGGUCACAGCAGAGGAGAUCGCCAGCUGGCAGACUGACGUGGAGGCGGAGUUUGAGCGUGCGUUUGAGAACACCAGCAAGCAACAGGUGUCGCCACAGGAUUGGCUGGCUGCCAACUGGCAAGGCGAGGCUCUUGGGUCGCUGGUGAGUCAGCGCAAGGUGCAGCCCACCGGCCUUCCCUUGAAGACUCUGCAACGUGUGGGAGAUGCGCUCUGCACUGUACCACCGGACUUCACCUUGCACCCUCAGGUGGCAUUGCUGCUGGAGAACCGCCGCAAGAUGAUGGCAACUGGGGAAGGCAUUGACUGGGCCAUGGCAGAGGCCCUUGCCUUCGGCUCUCUUCUUCUGCCGUUCGACCCCGCUCUGAGCCAGACGGCAGACAGCAACCCCACCCAUGCAGUGCGGCUGAGCGGGCAGGACUGUGAGCGCGGCACCUUCAACCACCGCCAUGCUGUCAUGCACGACCAGACCACGGGGCAACGGUACACCCCGCUACAGCACGUGGCUGCGGGGCAGGAGCGGUUCAUGGUGUGCAACUCAAGCCUCUCCGAGGCAGCAGUGCUGGGCUUUGAGUACGGUUUCAGCCUGGAGAACGAAAACGCCCUUGUCUGCUGGGAAGCGCAGUUUGGGGACUUUGCGAACAACGCGCAGGCGAUAAUAGACAACUUCAUAGUGAGCGGCGAGGACAAGUGGAUGACCCCCACGGGUCUCGUGCUGCUGCUGCCUCAUGGAUUUGACGGCCAGGGACCCGAGCACUCCUCCGCCCGCCUCGAGAGGUACCUGCAGUUGGUGAACGACGAUGCCGACCACCUUCCCGGCUACAGUCCGCACUUGGCCGCCCAGAUUGAGGCGGGGUUCACUAUAGCCGACCGGGAUAACAAGGGCCACGUGUCACUCUCUGAUUUGCUGGAGUUCAUGCAGUCGCAGUACGGACUCGGCCACGACUACGUGACGGCGCUCGCCCACCAGAUGCACAUCGACGAAUCAAAUCAGAUCUCCAAGGCGGACUGGGAGUCAUUCAUGGUGCGGUGGAUGAGGCGCAACGCACAGAGGGACAACAACGUGUGUGUCGUCAACCUCACCACCCCGGCCAACUACUUCCACGCCCUCCGCCGCCAGGUCAAUCGGCACUUCUCUAAGCCCCUCGUUGUCAUGUCCCCCAAGUACCUGCUGCAUCACAAGCCAUGCGCGUCACCGCUCAGCCAUUUCACAUCCGGCACAUUCUUCCAGCCAGUGAUAGCGGAUGGAGACAUAGGAGACAACAUGCGGCAUCUGCAUGCUGACAAGCUGCUGCCGCCCGGCCAGAUGAAACGCCUCGUGCUGUGCUCAGGAAAGAUCUACUACUCGCUGGCGCACGCCAGGAGGGCGAGGAAGCAGUGGGAGGUGGGGCUGAUGCGCAUAGAGCAGCUGGCGCCCAUGGCUGUGGACCAUGUAGCACGGGUCAUCAACAGCCACAGUGCGGCAGAGCUCGUGUGGGCUCAGGAGGAGCCUAAGAACAUGGGAGCUUGGCCGUACAUCAGACCACGUGUCGCCACGCUACUGCACAGCCUGUGUCCAGAUCACCCUGCCACGUCAGCACCCACGCCCAUCCGUUUUGUUGGACGUGCCCCCUCAGCCUCUCCUGCCACUGGUAGCUUUGCCAUCCACCAAUCAGAAACCAAAGCCAUCAUUGACGCUGCACUUGCAUGA